GAUUGCAACUCGGAGAGUUCGUAGACGUACUCGUGUAAAAAACCGUCAGAAUCGUCGCGUACGUCUUUAGAGGGAAACAUUAGGGGGAAACAUUAUUUAAAUCCAAUACUUAUUUUCAAUUCUAUCCGCAAAAGGGGGUCUCAAGCGUACUCUUCCACCUCAUUUAAAAGUUUGGGCGAGAGGGGCUUUCGCUGACCACCCACCAAAUUCCAUGACCAGACAUACCCCCGAUUGUUGAUUGUUGUCAGAGAAAUACAUUAAUGUAUGUAUGACUAUUAUUUCAACUUUGUUGAAGAUUAUUUGUAAAAAGCUCGCAGUAAGAUGGAAGGAGCAUAUCUUCCCCUGUCCCAUCUAAUUGGCAAUUUGCGUCGGUUCGGUGCGGUCGUAAAAUUUCUGUUCUGUUUAUAUUCACGGUAACAUUGUGAGACUUGUUUUCUGUGAGUGCUGCGUUGGUUCAGACUCUCCGCUGAUCCUUCUGUUUAUGCACACUGUAACAUUGUGAGAGUUGUUUUCUGUGAGUGCCCGGUGAAGACUAAUGAAGUUUAUUCCGGGAGCAGACGUCUGGACAGUAAAUCAUCUCUCACCAGUCACGAGGACGUUUACCUUCAUAUUUCUGGCAUAUUCUAUGGAAACCUGCGCGUGGCUCUUCAAAUGUCCAUUUUCCAAACAUGUUUAAGGUUUUUUUAUGUGUUUUUAUCCUUAUGCCGUAAUCUUUAGAUAUUAUCGUAGGAAUAAAAAGCAUGUGUAUUAUUUCAAGCUAUAUAAUCUAUACACUUUAUGCAAAUUAUGCAGUUUAACCCAAUCGGAUUCAAAUGUAAUCAAGCUAAUUUCUUGCUUGAUUACGUAUUCUCUGAGUCGGAUAGUGAACGCCCCAUUUCGAAAUAUUCAUGAACACGUGACUUUGCUUGCGGAAUUUCGAAUGUUAAGGUAAACGCGUGGACGGCCUGCAGGCUGUUGACAGGACACAUGCAUUCAGAUACAAAAGACAGUCAGAAGGAAACAAGGUCGUCAUGGGACUCGUGGAACACAUUCACCCUGGCCUGGCGGAGUUAGAUUACCGGAAGUGGUCGGUGAAGCUUUCCCUCAUCUUCGCUUCCUUUCUGGUCUACUCGGCGCUCUACGUCAUGACUGGGUUGAUUUCUAUGACGACGUGGACGUACAGAAACUUGCGCGAGAAAGAGAAAAUGUUUUGGAAGCUGGCGGUAGUACGUGCUGCGUACGGGAUUUUCUGUACGAUUGUUGGACUCUGGGCGAUUUUUGUCGAUACGGAGUUAGAAAAAGAUCCGGUGUUCGCCACUAGUCCUACUAGCUACUUCGCGCUCACCAUCACUGUGGGAUUCUUUAUAUUUGAGUGCGGUGCCAUUAUGGUUUCUGAUAUAAUCUACAGAAAGGUCAGCAUUCUCUUGAACAUUCACCACUGGUUAUCGUUACUAGGAUACUCCACUCUUAUGGUUACGGAGGCUGCGCACUGCUUCGGUACAAAAGGACUGAUUUUGGAGAUGAGCACGCCGUUUUCUGCUCUCUGUUGGACUGUCCUUAAGGCGGGAAAGGCCGACUCGCUGCUGUGGCGCGCCAACCAAUUCAUACUUGUCCACACUUUCCACCUCCGCUCCGUGGUGGAAUGCUUCAUAUGGUAUUUGACUUAUAAGCAUUGGGAGCGGAUCUGGACCGCCAUGCCGUUGUCUAUCUUCUCGUUUCUGUACAUUCAGCUGAUCCUUGUAACCUUCCUGAUGACGCCAUAUUGGACGUACAAAAAGACGCAGCAGAUGAUCACGCCGGUAGAUUGGAACUUCGAGGACUCGGAGGCGAACAAAGCACGGAACGGGGACGCUAAAAAGUCCGCAUGAGUGGCGGAUCUCAGGACUCUGUCUCAGGCGGAUCUCAAGGCAAGCAUUCACAAGGGACGUAACCACGAUCAUUGUCUCAAAACAAAACAUCUAUAAACUAUGCGCUCUUUGUUUGAAGGUCUUCCAUGACACGAACUCGUAUACUCAGCGAAAAUAUACCGAUUACAAAAAAAAAAGAAAAAAGAAGAAGCAAUACUCGCGUGGCUGUGAUAUCGCCCUACCUCUGUGAUAUUUAUAUACAUAUUUGAUUUAGUUAAACUAUUUAUUACAGACAAGUCCAUUUAGAAUUUUUUAACUCCAGAUGUGUGCAGAGCGCCAUCCACGUUGUGCAAUACGAAUCAGUCUUGGUGUACCGUACUUUCAAACGUUUUAUUAUGUUAUGUAUUAUAUCUAGUCAUCGUGUAAUAUUUAAAGGACGGUUUACACAGCAAAGUUAAUCCACAUUAACUCGGGUCAUGAUUGGUUAACUCACGACGCACUCGCAUUGAGCUGACUUAACAAUGAAAAAGAUAAAUAUGCACUGACUUUUUAUUUAUUCACUUUUUUUUUUUUUUUUUUUUUUUUUCUUUUUUUUUUACAAUUGAUUACUUUUUAUCUUUGUAAGUGGGUUAUGUGAACCCAAUUUAACCCACAGUAGAUUAAAGUAAUCCAAUUGAGAAUUUCAUUGUGAACACGAUGCGACAUAGAUAUAUGGAUUAAAUUAAUCUAAGAUUAGUUAAUUUAGGUAAACCAAAGCCUGUGUGAACCAGUUUAUACCAUGUUUACAUAUGGAAAUGGACACUUGUUGUCCAUUGUUUAGUCGCCUUUGUGUGUACAUACACAGAUAACAUUAAAUUGAAUAUUUAUUUA